CGCAUACGGAAAAAAAAGUCUUUCCUACUUUCAUCGUCAGAUUUCGGAGGACAGAACUUCUCCUCCAUUUUUUUCCUUGCCCCGAACCCAUUGUUGCCGGUGCGUCUUGGAUGAGCGCUCACCUGGCAUUUUGUUUGUAGAAUUCAUCUCCAUCUAGUCGUUUAAUCUUUCUUUCUUCUAGAAAAUCUCUCUCCAACUCGUAUAGCUUGCAUCCACCGAUACCUACUCCUCCCUCCCCUUUCGUUAAUCCUCUCUGGUCGUCGCAUUUCCCACCCCCCCUCCGAAAUCGCAUCAUGGCGCCCCCUACCGCACCACUCAACCUCGACGUCGAGGCCAUAUCUGGCAUUUGCGGCUCCAUCUCAAUCGCCUGCUGGGUCGUCGUCUUCUCCCCCCAGAUCCUCGAGAACUUCCGCCGCGGCAGCGCAGACGGUCUCUCUCUGCAGUUCAUCAUCGUCUGGCUCGCCGGCGAUGUCUUCAACAUCCUGGGCGCCGUCCUCCAGGGCGUCCUCCCUACCAUGAUCAUCCUCGCCAUCUACUACACCAUUGCCGAUAUGGUCCUCCUGGCCCAGUGCUUCUACUACAGGGGCUUCACCUGGAAAGACGAGGUCGUGCCCCCGGCCCCGAAGCCGCGCAACCGCACCGGCGAACCGAACGAGCGCACCGGCCUCCUCCCCAACCCCAUCGUCGAACGCGAGCGCCGCGGCUCAGACUGGUCCAACCUCUCCCCCGCCGUACCCAUGCGCCCCGAAAGCGGUGUCGCCGGCAGCGCCGCCCCGGCCCCUCCCCCGCGACCCUCCACCGCUCUCCAGGCCGUCGCCUGGAACACCACCGCCGUCCUCAUGGUCUGCGCCGCCGGCGUCGUCGGCUGGUUCCUGAGCCGCAAGUACUCCCCGCACGCCGAGGAACCGGGCAACCACCACCAGCCCAACGACGACGACGACACCACCCUGACCUUCAACACCCUCGGCCAGGUCUUUGGCUGGCUCUGCGCCGUCUUCUACCUCGGCUCCCGCCUGCCCCAGCUGCUCCUCAACUACCGCCGCAAGUCCACCGAGGGCGUGAGCAUGCUCUUCUUCCUCUUCGCGUGCCUCGGCAACCUGACGUACGUGCUGAGCAUCUUUGCCUAUGACCCGCGUUGCAAGCAUGACGUGUGCGCGCCGGGCGAGGCGAGCGCUAUUUACGGCCGGUAUAUGCUUGUCAACCUGAGCUGGUUGGCGGGCAGUCUGGGGACGUUGUUGCUUGAUAUGGGCAUCUUUGCGCAGUACUUCAUGUACCGCACCGACGAGUUCGCGAGCGACGACGAAGAGGAGGGUGAUGAUGAGAGCAUUGACGAGGAUCAGUGGGAUCAGCGGCCGCUGCUUGCUCGCGGUGACUCUGUUUACCCGUGAGAGCGGUUCUUGAGAGGGGCAUCUUCUUUUUGUUACUGGUUUCUGAAGAAUCGCAUUUGUGCCAUUUUAUCAUUUUAUCUAAGGCGUCUUUGAUACACGGAAAAUCAGGGUUGGUGGUCAUUGUUUUACUGAAAAAGCAUCUAUCGCAUUACAGGAUCAAGAAUCAAGAGACUCGGGG